AUGGAGGAGCUGCGUGAGAGGCUCCAACCCGAGGUGGCCGAACUGAUCAAACAGCAGAGGCUGAACCAGCUGUGCGAGGGUGCCUGCUUCAGGAAGAUCAGCACGCGCCGCAGACAAGACAAGUUUUUGUAUUGUCGACUGUCUCCAAAUCACAAAGUACUACACUAUGGGGAUGUAGAGGAUUUGUCACAGGGACAAAUCCCUCAUGAAUCUCUACAGGAGAAAUUAACAGUAGCAGAUAUCAAGACAGUGGUAACUGGGAAAGAUUGUCCUCAUGUGAAGGAGAAAGGAGCGCUAAAGCAGAAUAAGAUAAGUUUUAACAAUGAAAAUGAGGUGCCUGAGCUUGCUUUCUCCAUUUUAUAUGAAUCUGAUGAAUAUUUGAACUUCGUUGCUCCAGACAAGUAUGAGUACUGCAUCUGGACAGAUGGCUUGAAUGCGCUUUUGGGAAAAGAGAUGACAAGUGAACUCACCAAGUCAGAUAUGGACAUGCUGGUUACCAUGGAGAUAAGGCUACGCCUCUUAGACCUUGAGAAUGUCCAGAUUCCUGAAGUUCCACCCCCGAUACCCAAAGAACCCAGAGAUUAUGACUUUGUUUAUGAUUACAGCCAACAACACAAUUGA